UCAAGUUCGAUAAAUUAAACAAUGCGGCUUGUUUUUUCGGCUAAUUCAGUUUUUAAACGCCUGCUGCACACGGAAAUUGCCGGAAAGUAUGCCAAACAGCAGCCGCGCAAUCUCAAGGGGCGGAGCAAGAGCUCCCAGGAGUGGCUCACCCGCCAGCUGGCCGAUCCCUACGUGGAGAAGGCCCGCAUGAUGAACUACCGCUGUCGGAGCUCUUUCAAACUGUUGGAGAUUGAUGACAAAUACGGAAUCCUGCGACCCGGGGACACCGUUUUGGACUGUGGAGCAGCACCUGGCAGCUGGACACAAGUGGCCGUGGAACGGACGAAUGCCAAUGGAAAGCAGGAGCGGGCUCCACUGGGAGCCGUCUUCAGCAUUGACUUGUUGCAUUUCCAUGCUGUGCCUGGUGCCACAAUCUUCGGCGGAAUGGAUUUCACCUCCUCCCUGGCGCAGAAGCGACUUAAGGAGUCAUUAAAGGAUAAAAAGGUCAAUUGUGUCCUGUCCGACAUGGCGCCCAAUGCCACAGGAGUUAGGAUGUUGGACCAGGAGAGCAUCACGAACCUCUGCUACGAAGUGCUCCGCUUUGCAUUGGCCAUGUCCGCCCCACAGGCCCAUCUGGUGGUCAAGGUGUGGGACAAUGGCGAUGUGCCCAAGCUGGAGCGCGACAUGCUGAGGUUCUACGAGAAGGUGAAGCGGGUAAAACCACGAGCCAGUCGCGGAGAUUCUGCGGAGCACUUCCUGGUGGCCAGGAACUUUAAGGGAACAGCUGAUAGUUAACUAAUAACUUAACUAGCGCAUAAUAAUUGGUUUCAUAAACUCGUUGUUAAAUUUAUAGUUCAUAAUUAAUAAGAUAAAUAAAGGGGAGUGUUACGUUUUAACUCCA